ACAGUCCCCCAGUCAGCAAAACGAAUUUAAUACGUUACUGUUCAACUCGUGGGUGAUGUUUUGUUUUUUGUUUACAUCUGAAAUUGUCGUGGUAAUAUCCCAAAAUUCGGACGACGUGAUUACCACAUGACUGGUUAUAUUGCCGAUUUUCCAUUUCGUCGAGUUUUCACCGCGCACAUUGAACGCGUGCAAUGCCAUCUUCGAUGCUAUUCAGCAAUUUUAUAAUGAAUUGUCAAAAUAGUUUGUAUGUCUAUUGUAUUUUAAAAGAACAGAAUAUUUCUUUUAGAAAUCUUGAAAAAAAGUUCAAAAAUAUUUAUUUACAUUGUUUUUAUUGGUACGCUGCCAUAAUGACACUUCCGAACAUUUACCGAAAUAACAAAAUAUUCUGAAAGUAAUAAAUAAAAUUUUUUAAAAAUACAAAUAUUAUCUAAUGAAAUUUUCAAUAGCGUUUGCCUGGCAAUCAACGGUGUUAAAACAGAAACUGCAAAUUACGUUUCUUAUCUGCUACAGAAUUCCAGAACACCCGGUUCGUAUCGAUUCCUCUUUCCCGGUAGACAGGGUGUGACGUAGCCUCUUCGGCGGUAACCUUGAACUCCAACCCCGACGCAAGCGGAGUGCCAUUAGAAAUGCGUCCUCCGGUUUCCUCCCCCGUUCAGCAGGAUGAUCGAUCGCCGGCGAAAAAUCGAUCGAAAGGCUACCAGCAAGUACAAGGGUGAAAGGGGGGAGAGAUAGAGGCUUGUUGUUAUGCCAGUCCUUCAACCGUGUUUCUCUUGCCCCUUUGUUCGAAGGGUUUACGUAACGGUAUAGAGUCGGGUUUCGCUCGGGCUAGUAUUAUCGUUCGCGAUGUUACGAGCGGAUAUACGCGACGCAAGAAGAAUAGGAGAUGCAUCGGAGCCUAGCGCAUGCACGUGGACAGGCAUACUUGCAUUUUGCAUAAUUGCUCGCGCGUUACAGCGAUCGAGAAUCGACCGUUUGAUAGAACCAAAGAGCAGUGCAGUGAACGAAACCAAAUUGAUACCAAAAGAGGGAAGGUUGAUCUUUAAGGGAAUCAGGAGGCGGAAGAUCAAUUUCUCGUGUUUCGAAAUGACGCUAACAGGGUAUCGCGCGUGUUUUGUUUGAAUAUCUAACUGUUACGACCCGAGUGUCGAAGGAAAGGAAGUAAAAGUGACGAGUGAAAGCAGGAAGAUCAAGACGGGCAAGAUGAUGAAGAAGGAGAGACCGAUGACGUCGGUGACGGCCAUCAUCCAAGGGACUCAGGCCCAGCAUUGGUCCCGCGGCAACACCUGGCUGAGCCUGGACAACAGCAAUAUGUCCAUGUCUUCUGUGGGCCCGCAGAGUCCUCUGGACAUGAAGCCGGACACGGCGAGCCUCAUCAAUGCGGGAAACUUUAGCCCUUCCGGUCCUAAUAGUCCAGGAUCCUUCAACGCUGGUUGUCACAGCAACCUCCUCAGCACGUCGCCGAGCGGGCAGAACAAAGCAGUAGCACCCUACCCGCCGAAUCACCCUCUUUCCGGAAGCAAACACCUCUGCUCCAUCUGCGGUGACCGUGCCAGUGGAAAACACUAUGGUGUCUACAGCUGCGAGGGCUGCAAAGGAUUCUUCAAGAGGACCGUCCGCAAAGACCUGUCGUACGCCUGCCGCGAAGAAAAGUCCUGCAUCAUCGACAAACGACAGAGAAAUCGAUGCCAGUAUUGUAGAUACCAGAAAUGCCUGGCUAUGGGCAUGAAAAGGGAAGCCGUGCAAGAGGAACGUCAACGUACCAAGGAGAGAGAUCAGAGCGAGGUGGAAAGUACGAGCAGCUUGCACUCGGACAUGCCCAUCGAACGUAUCCUAGAGGCUGAGAAACGGGUCGAAUGCAAAAUGGAACAGCAGGGAAAUUACGAGAAUGCAGUGUCGCAAAUUUGCAACGCCACGAACAAACAGCUGUUCCAGCUGGUAGCAUGGGCGAAACACAUCCCACAUUUUACGUCGUUGCCACUGGAGGAUCAGGUACUUCUGCUCAGGGCCGGCUGGAACGAGUUGCUGAUAGCCUCCUUUUCCCACCGUUCCAUCGACGUGAAGGACGGUAUCGUGCUGGCCACUGGGAUCACUGUUCAUCGAAACUCGGCGCAGCAGGCUGGCGUGGGCACGAUAUUCGACAGAGUGCUAUCAGAACUUGUGUCGAAAAUGCGUGAAAUGAAAAUGGACAGGACCGAGCUUGGCUGUCUUAGAUCCAUCAUACUGUUUAACCCCGAGGUCCGGGGGUUGAAAUCCAUCCAGGAGGUAACCUUGCUCCGCGAGAAAAUCUACGCAGCCCUGGAGGGUUACUGUCGCGUCGCCUGGCCCGACGAUCCUGGCAGAUUCGCGAAACUUCUGCUACGCUUGCCAGCGAUCCGAUCGAUCGGUCUUAAAUGCCUGGAACACCUGUUCUUCUUCAAGAUGAUCGGCGACGUACCGAUCGACGACUUCCUGGUGGAGAUGCUGGAAUCACGAUCAGAUCCUUAGGAACAAAAGGUGUGCCGCGUUCUGGGGCACACCGACCUAUAAGAGCGAGAGAGAGAGAGAGAGAGAGAGAGAGAGAGAGAGAGAACCGGAAGGACACGUGUCACAUGUACCAUCAUCAUCAAAAGAAAAAAAAAGAAAAUAAGAAUUUCUUAUCGGUAUUCCGAUGCCCUCCUCGUCGAGAUCGUUCGACAAUUGUCACGCGUUCACCCGAGGUGGAAUUUACUUACUCCUCUCUUCUUCUUCACCUUUUUAUUUAUGUCUCUUCGUUAGUGCAUUCUUCUGUCCGACGUAAAGGAGGUGGUCACUGGUGAUCCGAUUCGUAUCGAGAGCACAUGGAAAGUCGCAACGAUUACACUCGCAGAAUCAAAUAACGACACACCGGCUGCAGUUUCAUACCGGGGGAAUAUCGCUGCAAUACGUUGCAGUGACAUUCCUCAUUAGAAGCGUGUUUGAUUGCUGAUCAUCACUUUGCAUCCACGUUGAACUGUACACUCCUCACAGCCACGUGGAAGUUCCUAAGACACUGUUCUCCUCCUCAUUUUUGUUGUAUUUACACGUUACGCCUCUGCCACUGACGAGUUGGUUUCUAUCUGCUUCUGCAGUCUUUUGAAAUAAAAUUGUGUACAGAUAGGGGCCUUGCGAUUAUUUUCACACGGUGGUCAACGCGGAUGCAACAUUACAUAAUAUUCAGAUUACACGUUCUCGGGUAUUUUUACAUUCCAACUUUGCCUCGAUUCGGAUCGUUAUUUGGAGAGAGCCACGGUAUAAAUAAAAUAUAUACAUACAUGCAUAAAACGGAAGCGUUUUACACGUGUGCACUAUGAUAAUUUAUUGUUUUGUAUUUUAGAGUAUAGAGAAAGAGAUAAACUUACUAAUUCAUUAUUAACUAAAUAUAUUAUGAAUAAGCUCUUUUUAUAUGUGUAUAAGAAGAGCCAUGUGUAUGUACACGUACGUACAGCUUAUGUCUGUAAUGAAAGGCGGAAACCAUAACUGUUGGAGAACAUGCGAACAGAGAAUAUUUACAUUCAAGGUAUCGUAAAUUCUUGAUACGCUGUUAAAAGAUACUGACAUAUAUGAACAAUUUUUAUCAACUCAAAUUUCUGUGCUGUUUAUUUUUUUUCUUGUGUCUCUUGAUUUUAAUUUUACGUCGCUAUGUGCGAUAGCGACUGAGAUGUAAUUUGAUAUUUCUACAUUUUAUCAAAGAUUUUAUUUACUUCAAAAAAAAAAAAAAUGUUUGAAGGAACAUUUCAGCGCGCUAUAAAACGCGAGAGCUUUUAAAACAACUUCAAAGAGAUGCUUACGAGAUGUAUGGUCUAUCCUUCUAAACCUAGAAAUAUAUCUAAGAAUUAAUUGAUUCAGGACAGGAAUAAGAUAGAAACCUUACCGUUGUUGUUAGUAAUUUACAGAACCUUUUUUAUGAUUUGAGCUGAAGGAUAUAAGGAAACAGCACUGUUAUACGUUCGCUAUAAUAAUUCAUCUUUCAUUUAGAUCUAUGGAAUUUAAAUUGUGAUUAUUAGAUACUUAUUUAAGCGAUCGUAAAAUCUAAAUUCGUGGCAAUAAAUUAUCAAAUUUUAUAGUUUAUCACCGCGCUUUAUCGGUAAGUUUAAAUAUAAAAUAUUAGAAAAAUAUAUAUUUUAUAUAAUCUGUUGAAUUUCGGUGCAUUAUUGUAGAAAUUUAUUUGUAUAUUAUUCUUUUUUAGUAAACUAUUUCGAGAAAUUUAUUAUCUAAAUUAGAAAAUGAACAAUUUAUCUCUUCUUAGUGUCCUUCAGUUUUAGUCAUCUAUAUAAGUGACUCUAUAGCACCCUUAGCAAUUGUAAGAAACGAUCAUACUUACUUCGAUGAUAUAAAUUAUGAUAAUAUUAUAUAUUAUUAAACAUAUUUCUAUUUUUGCGUGAAUGCUUACGAUUGUUAGUUGUUGGUUAUUGUUAUCUAUUUGAUGAGAGUUUUUAAUGUUAUGCAUACCAUGAGAAAAAGAACACAUUAAAUUUCCCGAUUUUUUUUUUGUAACACUACUGGAGUUGCUAUUCAUUUCAAACGCCUGGUAUACGAUUAUCGUUUCAAACGCAGGACAAAGUUUUAAUGAUUACACAAUUCAAUUUUCUACUAUUCUGAAUGAUUUGUAACCAAUUCAAAGCCAAAUGAUAUAAUUUAUAAUACUUUAUAAGAUGAUAAGAAAGUGGUAUUUUGUAAUCUUUCAAAUUAUUUUGUUAAUAAUUGUUCUUCUUUUUCUUUAUACUUAUUCUGAUGCUAUAAUAUCUUGACCAAAAUUACCUCUGAACAAAACGCGUUAUGCGGUCACACCUCAUCUAAUUCCUUAAAUAUAUAGAUAAAUAUAUAUAGAUAUAUAUAUAUAUGUAAUAUGAAAGAAGAAAAUAAACAGUCAAAAAAUAUUAGGAUUGGAGGGGCGUGAAUGCUUGGCUACCUGUGAAUGAAGUUUCAUAUAAAAAUAUAUAAAUGUUAAAAUGAUGAUAUCUAUUACAUACAUAUAAUAUAUGAUUAUAUAAACAGAACUCUUUCACAAAAUAAUAAUGAGAACCUCAGUAGUGGUCAGUAGAAUAACAAAGAUAAUGGCAGGAAUUAAGAAAUAUGAUCAUAUUAUAUUUAAGGUAAGGAGAUUCAAAAGUGUUGACACUUUGGAAUGUAUUUAAAAGUCUACUAAAUAACAGCAUGCUUCUUUCCGAAGCAAUGAUAUUCAAGAACAAUGAAUUGUAUACACGAUUGUAAUUGAUGUAAACUUAAUGCUUUUGCCAUACUUCUUUGAACUAUCAUAGAAAUGGUACAAUGCUCAAAUUAUAUGUAGUAACGUUUUACUUAGUAACAAUGUCCUAGAAUGGAAGAAUAGGGUGCGUUGUAAACUUUCUGUACGAUCCAACACGUUAGAACGAAUGAAGAUCUAUAAUUGUUUAUAUGCUAUAUUUUUCAUCCUCAUAUAGUACUUAUGAAAUUUUUCGCUCUACGUAUUUUAAAUCGUUUAUAUUUUGUAUUUUAUAUUUUUCUAUUCGUUCCAGCUUUUUAAACUAAAUAUGUACAUUAUUGUUGAAUUGAAAAUUUGUUAUAAUAUUUCAUCGCCGUUUUCUAGAAGUACCGAAUAGGUUUCACGCACCCGUUCUACAUAGAUCAGUACAAAUAAGUUUAUAUUAAUAGUAAUGAAUAAAAUAAUCGUUUGAGAUACAUCCCACUUAAA